AUGAGACUGAACUCAAAUCUCCGGUCAUGGUGGUGGGUAGCAAGUGUUCUUGUGAUCCUCGUAUUAAUGGAACGACCAGUGACAUCACAGAAGAUCGACAGAAAUAACACAAUGAUCAGAUGGUAUUGUAGUAGCUACAGAGGCAUGAACGGACAGGUUUUUCUUAAAAACCUCAACACCACCCUUUCUAGCCUCAGAAAGCAGUUAUCCAGAGUCAAAAAUUAUCACGCAGUCUCGAAGGCUGUGAUUAAUGGCGAAUCGGUUUUUGGUCUAGCUUUGUGCAGGGAAUAUCUCCCCACUACAGCGUGUCUGUCUUGUUUUGACACCGCUGUUUCUUACAUGAAAGUAUGUGGCCUGGGGAAUGGUGCUCAUAUUUUCUAUGAUGACUGCGAGAUCAGGUAUGAAAACAGAAAUUUCUACAAUGACGCCAUCGUGAAAACUAGCAUUGCAAUAUGUGGCAAUACAACAUCAUCAUAUCCAAAGGAACUGAAGAAAAUAGCAAGUGGGUUGCUUUCAGAUCUUCAGAUCGCAACCCCAAAAACAUCAAAUUUUUUUGCUGUUUCCACAAGGCAAAUUACUGGCAGUAAUGCUACAGUUUAUGCGGUUGCACAAUGUGUCCGCAACAUAAGUGAAAGUAUGUGUGUAGAAUGUUUAAAGAUCAGAUCUAGAUUUUUAGCGGACUGUCUUCCGAGUACAUUAGGAAGGGCAAUUGAUGAUGGAUGUUUUAUGAAGUAUUCCGAAACUCCAUUUUUCCAAUUCAAUCAAACAACUGAUAUCUCAAAUCUCUUACAGAACGAAAAUUCAAGAAAUCUAAGAUUCAUUGUUGGGGGAGUUGUUGGUGGUGUAUGCAUGUUGUUGUUCAUCUUGGCAUUCCUCUUUUGGCAUCAUAGAUCGAGAAAGCCAAAACACUCCAGAGAAGACAAGUCAACUGGAGCAACUGAUAUGCUGCAAAGGACGACUGUUUAUACAUAUAAAGAUUUAAAAAUGGCGACAAAUAACUUUUCCGACCAAAAUAAAAUCGGAGGCGGGUUUGACAGGUUGUAUAAGGGUGUUCUUAAGGAUGCAAAUACUGUUGCAAUAAAGAAAAUAGAAAUAGCAUCUACGAGUGGAAAAGGUUACUUGGAUGGUGAAAUCCAAAUCAUCAGUAAUGUUCAUCACCGCUAUCUCAUUCGUCUCCUUGGAUAUUGUCGUAAAGGGCGACACCUGUAUCUUGUCCUUGAGUACAUGGAAAAUGGUAGCCUUGAUAAAUUUCUCUACGGUGAUAAAAGGGGAACCUUAAAUUGGAGACAAAGAUUCGACAUAAUAUAUGGUACAGCUAGGGGACUUGCAUAUCUACAUGAACAGUACCAUGUUAAAAUCAUUCACACAAAUAUAAAAUCCAGCAACAUUUUGUUGGACAAUGUAUUUCAGCCGAAAAUUGCAGAUUUUGGGCUAGUAAAACUAUUGCCACAAGAUAAGACACAUCUCAGCACCAAAGUUACGGGCACCUUGUCUAAUGGCUAUAUAGCACCAGAAUAUGCAAAUAAUGGGCAGUUGUCUGAGAAAGUUGAUAUUUACAGCUUUGGUGUUGUUAUCCUUGAAAUCAUCAGUGGAAAAUGGUGCAAUGACAUGCUUGAAAAUGAAUCUGCCACACCGAACCUUGUUGAUCUUGCAAGGAGUCUAUAUGAUAAUGAAAUGCAUUUGAAUAUCAUCGAUGGUACACUAGACCAAAAUGAAUAUGCAAUAGAAGAUGCAAAGAAAAUCGUGGAGAUAGCCUUGAUGUGCACACAUUCAACGGCUUCAGUGAGACCAACAAUGUCCGAUGUGGUUAUACUUUUAAGCGAACAUUCAUUUAGUAUAAGGCGUCCCAUGAAGUCUACAAUCGAUGAUUGUGAUAUAAAGAUUCAAGUGGAUACCUCUAUUUCCACUUCAAAAUAG